AUCAUCGCUAUGAUGUCGAUGUCAAAACAUCUCUCACUCAGUUACUCUUGUAGACUUUAGUAUAUCCUAUGAGUGAAAAUGAGAAAAUAUAUUUAGUCUAAUUGUGUACGAGGACCCAUCGUAAUGGGCUCUCAACUAUUGGAAAUUCUCCGUCAAGGAAUAUGGGCUUCCUUGACGGGUGGAUGGUUUUAUGACCCUCAUCAGGAUAUGUUCCACAACACAUUCCAUCUUUAUAUCUGGUUGUUUCUUCUUUGUCUACCAUUCACAAUAUUUGUUUAUGUGUCGAGUGUGUACGUGUGGGCAUUGUACUGUGUGAUCGUGGGUGUGUUCUUCACUGUGCUCAAGUUUGUCAACCUGUCUCUCCAUCACAUGUAUGACACCUCGGAAUGCAUCAUUGAGGCGGAGGAUGAUCGGACAGAAGCAGAACGGAGGAGGCAACCAGUCAGCAACAACAGUAACCGUCCUGAGGAGAGUAUUGAGCUGCAGGUGCUGAAGACUUCCCACGGCAGUCCUAGGACAUCUUCGAUUGAGGCUACCAUCGGUUCAGAGGACAGCAACGAGAGCACAGACUACAACCAGGCGACAGGCACCGACCCUCCUACUAUCGACCUAAAAGUCGAUGUGCAUCGCAAAAACAGCUCAGAAAGUAGUGAAGGGGUCAGUGUUGUGAUAGAGAAACCUCAUUCUAGUCAGUCAACUGAGUCCAAAGAUGAGAGCAGUAGGAGGGGGCGGGGGAAGGGGGAGCCGUCGACCUCUGUGACAGAAGCCCCCAGUGGCAGUGGUAGUGGAAACUGCGGAGGUGUCCGGAGACGAACUUCCAGACACAACUCUGUGGACUCUCCCGGAGACACUACGCUGGCCGCGGUUGAGUGUGUUAGGGUCGGCCACUCCAGGUUGUCCAGUAGAAGACACUACUCUAACAGUUCUGGUGCUGGGCUGAGUGAGACGACAGACCCUAUUAAACCCACAGGGUCUCUGGAACUGGGCCUGACCCACAACGACUCACUACCCACCAUACACAAAGGCCUAGUCUACUGGAAACAGCGGCCCAGUGGCAAUGGCUGGAGACACAACUCUGAGGCCAGUAGUAUGGUGUUGCGCAACAGACUGCUCUGUCCAUACUACGGCUACGGUAGUGAGAUUGUCUACCCAAUAGCAGAGCAGAGCGAUGAGCCCUCGCAUGCAGUGGACAGUGAUGAUGAACCUACUGGAAGCCAGUCGCCCUUGCUUGUGAGAGGGCCUAGCAGCACUACCAGCAGCUUGGAGAAGGUGUGUCAGUCGUUGUUCCAGAAACACUUUGGCAGUGAAGGAGAGGUGCAGAGGGGAGAGGAGGGGGGGAGCAGUGAGGGAGAGUGGGAUAGCAAGGGAGGGAGACCGGAGCCGGCGACCAAUCAGGCUUUUAAAAAACAACAGUCUAAUGAAGAAGAAGAGGAUAGAGGAGAGGUCGAGAAGGCAGGAGAAGUAGAGGAGGAGAAUGAAAAAGAAGCAGAGAAAGGUGGAGAGAGUGAUAACCAGACGUCUCCUGACGGUCCGCACUUGUGUGGCCUCAAAUGGCUGUUUGAGCCUGAGAGUGACACCGAGCCCUGUACAACUACAGAUACAGGUGUUCUCAAUGAAGUGGUGCCUGCUCCACCCCACUGGCACUACACCCUGGGAGUGUCAGAAACUCUGUCUGACGAUACAACCUCAGACACAUCUAACAGCCCACCUAACUAUAUGAGGUCGAAGCGGAGGGAUGAUUCAGGAAGUUCUACCAACACGACAGCAAGCGUAGACAACGAGGGUGCUCAGCUGUUAGAAAAGCACACCACUAGGAGCGGCCCAAGUGAGAAGAGGAAACACAGUGGAGAGGCGACUGGCGAGGACCAAUGGCGAUCCAAGAGGAGUCAACAGCUGGAGAGAGGAGAAGCGUUGGACACAGCUUCUGGUGGAGUCAAACCUGACGACAUCAACAACAACAAGGAUAAUGAGCAGUUUGGACGACAGAACAGCUCCUCAUCUGGGUCCAACAAUGAGCUCAGUUCGCUGCUGCCCCCUGCCACUCCCCUGCUGGCCAUGUUCCUGUCUACCCGCCAGGCCCCCCCGCCUCACCCCCUGCCGCUCCACCCACCCGUGGCAGAGCCUGACCCCCCGUCAAGAGCUGACGGACGCAGCAGCCGCAACCGCCAUCGUCGCCUCAAACGGUCCACUCAGACACACAGGAUGGCUCGUCCUAGAGAGAGGCAAAGUUUACCAUCCACCUCUACCCAACCUCCACAAAGCUCCAUCCAGCUGGCAGCUCUGAUCAGUGGAACACACCUUGCCUCCUCUCACGACGACACCAGCGAAGGAGCCGUCCAUGUGUUCCGAGAUGAGAACGGUCAAUGGAUGACUUACACGUUUGAUGAGAAGGGUCUCGGAACUGCCAACCCUCACAGGACGGCUCCCAACAGUAGGAAAUUGUUACACUCCAUCCUGCGCAGACACAACAGUCAGUCGGAGAACAACUGGUUGGACAACUGGGAGUGGCAAUGUCCUGAGUCCUUGAGUGACUCUACAGUGUCUGUGGGUGGAGACUGUGGACAGAACACAACGACCACAGUAUCACAGGUCGCACCUUCCCCUGUCAGACCUCUGCCUUCCAUCCCCUCACAGUCAUCCUCACAGCUGCACCAGCUGCAUCAAAGCAGUAAUGGAGUCUACUUGCUGGAAACGGUCGCCACACAUAUCCUCAACAACCCCAACAGAAGAGCUUUCCACCAAGUGUUUUCGGAAGCAAUGGCUGAACGUUGUGUGCAAACUAGGUCGAGCCCAAUUAUAUCUAGAUCGCACCACUACAAUAUCGGUGCAAUGUCGCUGUCUAUGAAUCCUUAUUACGAUCAAGGGAUGAACUCUUUCGAUUACCCCAACCCCAUUGUCCCUGUGCCGCCCCCCUCCAGCUCGCAAGGGGAGACUGACACGGAUAUCACGCUUACUAGAAGUAGGUUUAGGUUUAUGGACUCUGUUGAUAUCGGCCUCCCUGAAUGUCCGAAGACUCCUAGAAGAUAUUACAAGUAUAAAAUCUCACCUUGUUCUUAUAUCAAAGUUAGACUAGAUCGGUUAGCUCUCUUGGCCCUUUUAGAUAGGAAUCUAACGAUGACUGAAAUGUUACUCUCUUUGUUCCUCGCUGUUCUAGUUUCGUGCUUAGGAGCUAUCUUGUUGAAUUUAGGGUUUUAUAGGGAUGUCCCCGCUUUUAUAUUUUGUUUUGUUAUCGCUAGUUGUCAGUAUUCGUUGAUCAAAAGCGUUCAGCCCGACGCCGCGUCUCCGACUCACGGGUUCAAUAGAAUAGUAGCGUUUUCAAGACCCGUCUUCUUCUGUUUGUGUAGUGCCUUGGUGCUCUCGUUCCAUUAUGCGGCCCUGGCCACUAACAGAGAGUUCACUUUCUACGGCGUGUUAAUUAGAAGUAGUGAAUUGCUCAACUUAAUGAAAGACUGUCUUUCCACUUUUAUCCUGUGGUUUCCUCUACUGUUCAGCUUGGGACUGUUCCCUCAAGUCAACACAUUUGCGAUGUAUCUACUAGAGCAGAUAGACAUGCACAUAUUUGGAGGGAACGCCACUUCUUCUCUCACAGCAGCAGUGUAUUGUGUGUUCCGUAGCUGCCUUGCUGUAGUCGCUCUUCAUGGGUUCGCCUACGGAGGUCUCAGUGAAGUCAAGUCCACCCAACAUAUCUUGUUCUCAAUCUACUGCGGACUGCUGAUGGCUACAUCGUACCACCUUAGCAGAAGCAGCAGUGAUCCCAUUCCUAUUUGGAACAUAUUGAAAACUCACUUAUGGCCCGGAGAAGAAGAAUUACAAGAAGCACAAAUUCGGAAGAAGGAAACAAGAGUGAAGUAUCCACGUGAUAAACGACAUAAGAAGCCAGACACAAAAAGUCAUUCGCACACUGUAAACAUACCUUCCACCGAUAAGAAGGAAAAUGCAGAAGAGAACAGUGAAGAAUUAGUAGAUCCGUUACCUAGUAAACUGCAGAGAACUGUCAACUGCAGGUUGAAGUCUGACCUGAUUAUAUGUACCGUAACUGCAGUCUUUGUGUUUGGCAUUCACUGCAGCACUGUCUUCUCUGCUCUGCAGCCUGAACUUAAUCCUGUAUUGUGGUGUGUGACCACCUGUGUGGGUUUACUGUUGCACUAUGUCAUGCCACAGUUGAGGAAACAGUUGCCUUGGCUGUGUAUUGCUCGUCCCGUCCUCAGAUCUCACGAACACUCACAGUUUGAGGUGCGCGACGCUGCCAAAGUCAUGUGGUUUGAGAAGCUGUAUGUGUACCUGUCUUAUCUGGAACGCAACAUACUUUACCCUGUGGUGUUCCUGGCUUGUCUCACCACGGACUCGCCCGUCAUCGUACGCAAGUUUGGCCCGUACGUUGCAUCAGUGAUUAUCACUGUUUGCGCUCUCAAGUGUCUACGAAGCACUUUCUCCCAUCCUCCCCUGCAGUACCUCAUCACGGCCUUUGCUGUUCUCUUCUUCCAGUUGGACUAUGCGGCCGCUAGUGAAACUUUUCUCAUAGAUUAUUUUAUCACCGCCAUCGCCUUCAGUAAAACCUACGAGCUGAUUUCACAGGUCCAGUUUGUGGUGACGUACAUCGCUCCUUGGCAGAUCACCUGGGGCUCUGCCUUUCAUGCUUUUGCUCAGCCGUUCUCAGUGCCUCACUCCGCCAUGAUGUUUUUGCAGGCUGCCAUAUCAGCUGCUUUGUCAGCCCCCCUCAACCCCUUCCUAGGCAGCGCAGUGUUCCUGACGUCGUACGUGAGACCAGUCAAGUUCUGGGAGAGAGAUUACAACACAAGGAGAGUGGAUCACUCCAACACUCGGCUGUCGUCACACUUGGAGCGUAACCUCGGCGCAGACGACAACAACCUCAACUCAAUCUUCUACGAGCACCUCACUCGGUCUCUGCAGCACUCGUUGUGUGGUGAUCUCAUACUCGGACGCUGGGGAGCUGUCGCUCAAGGAGACUGUUUUGUGCUGGCGUCAGACUACCUCAACUGUCUGGUGCAUAUCAUAGAGUUGGGGAAUGGACUAGUCACCUUCCAGAUGAGAGGGCUGGAGUUCCGAGGCACUUACUGCCAACAGAGGGAGGUGGAAGCCAUCUCUGAAGGGGUGGAGGACAAUGAAGGUUGCUGUUGCUGUGAGCCUGGACAUCUGCCACACAUGUUGAGUCUCAACUCUGCGUUCUCACAGCGUUGGCUAGCCUGGGAGGUGACGGCCACCAAGUACGUUUUGGAAGGCUACAGCAUAUCCGACAACUCGGCUGUGUCCAUGUUGCAAGUCUUUGACUUCCGCAAAGUUCUAGUCACUUACUAUGUAAAGAGUAUUAUAUUCUACGCAGUAGAUUCACCUUGUUUGGAGAAGUGGCUCGCAUCGCCUGUUAUUCUGGAAGCUCUCCAGCCGUACUGUGAUAGGAACUUUGUUGACUUGGAUCCAGUCUUUAACAUGAACAUAGACGAAGACUACGACUUUCGAGCUGCUGGGAUCACACGGAACUCAUUCUGCAAUAUCUACUUUGACUGGAUCCAGUAUUGUGUGGAAAAGCGAACUAAGCCUCUCGCAGACAAAGGCAAGGAUUCCACAUUGGUGUCUCUGUGUUUUGCUCUCAGUCUGCUCGGAAGAAGAUCUCUUGGAGCUGCUUCUCAUAACACUCUUUCAAGUGUGGACUUCUUCCUCUAUGGUCUUCAUGCUUUAUUCAAGGGUGACUUCCGCAUCACCUCAGUCAGAGAUGAGUGGAUAUUCUCAGAUAUGGAUUUGCUUGAAAACGUUGUGGCUCCUGGAGUCAGGAUGUCACUGAAGCUGCACCAGGACCACUUCAUGUCACCUGAUGAGUACGAGAACUUGUCAGCUUUGUAUGACGCCAUCAAGAUGCACCAUGAGAACCUGGUCAUCUCACACGAGGGUGACCCUGUGUGGCGCAACGCAGUGUUGGCUGGCACCCCCUCCCUGCUGGCCCUCAGACAUGUGCUGGAUGACAGUGGGGAUGAGUACAAGAUCAUCAUGUUGAACAAGCGUUACCUCAGUUUCCGAGUGAUCAAGAUGAACCGUGAGUGUGUGAGAGGCUUGUGGGCCGGGCAGCAGCAGGAGCUGGUGUACUUACGCAACCGCAAUCCGGAGCGAGGCAGCAUACAGAAUGCCAAACAGGCCUUGAGAAACAUAAUCAACUCUUCGUGUGACCAGCCCAUCGGAUAUCCCAUCUUUGUGUCGCCUCUGACAACUUCCUACGCAGAGACAAACGAGCAGUUGUGUGGCAUCGUCGGGGGCCCCAUCAGUUUGGGAACCAUAAAACGAGCAGUGCUCAACUUCUGGGCAAGGGUAAGGAGAAGAUGUGUGGAGGGCUGCUCCAGUGGGGGGUCAGUACCUCAUGACGAUGGCGGCUUUGGACAUGAUGGGGUGUAUGCUAUGACAACAUACAACAUCCACACAGGAUACGGGCACACAGGCAGCCAGUCUAUGGAGGGUACGAUGGGUCGAGGAGGGUCCCUGGGCCGCAGUGGUAACCGAGGCAGCAUUGCUAGCGCAGGCAAACCUUCGUCCUCCACUCUAGCAUCACUGGCUGGACUGCUGACGUCCACUCAGCCCUCGGUCCCCCAGGAGGAAAGGGAUCAGGUCAUGCAGAGAGUGAGGAUUGUAGAUCCCAAUCAAGUGUAUGAUGCCAUCAACCUGGGCCGUCGCAUAGACGUGAGCUGGCCUGAUGAGAGGAUGAGGGCGAGGGGAGGACGAUCUCACUGGCGAGACUGGCUGCCUGAGAAGGGCAUGGAGGGUCAGGUGGUCCACAGGUGGGUGCCUAGUCACAGAGACCCCAGCCGUAGAUCUCACGUAGACAGAACCAUCCUACUGGUCAAGAUAGAGGACAAGUUUGUCCCCAUAGCUGAGGCCGGGGUGGUAGACCUGGGGGCCGAGGUAUAGCAGAUUCCCAGAGCAUCUUGAGGUACCGAAUGCCUUACAUCAACAGACUGAUUUAGUAUUAAGUUUCAAACGGUAAUCAAACGUUAUGUAAAUAUUAUAAAUAGUAUUGUAUAUAAGAACUCGUCUCGUAUUGUUACGGCCUGCUUGUUGAUUAUUUGUUUUGUAUGGAUUUAGUCGAUGGCUGUGUUAAUGGAUUUAUCCAUUGAAAACCAAAGUAUCCAGUUUAUAUUAAUGGAAGUACGCUUUUGAAGCUUUUUAAUGUUUUUUAGCUUUCACUUAAUCAAAUAAUUGCAGUAUCGGUGUAGCUGCAUUGUUCUGAUCAGAAGUGACUGGUUAAUCAUGUAGACACUAGGUGUAAAGUUGUUUAAUUGAAAUUAGAAAGAGUUUAUUUUUACAUGGCUGGGGAAAAUUACUUUACCAUGACUUGUUACUUAAUGUUAUCCCACCUUUAACCAUUCAGUGUUAUUAGGACAGAAUUUUUUUAACAAUGAGUUUAAAUACUGAAGUAGACAUUUUAUCUGGUAUGGGACAGCUUUAACCAGUUUUUUUUCUUUUUUUCAAAGAGGGUACAGUUAAAAGACCCUCAGAUGGAGUGUGUUACUAUUGGGGUUCAUAUUUCCCUUCUUUUUAUUUAUUAUGAUAGUUCUUAAAGACAAAAAAUGCCUAUGGUUUACAGUAAGUUUUAAUUUUAUUUGGGCUGAUAAAAGUUUUUUUAUUAAUAAGAUAAUGGUUUACAGCAGCAUGCUCUAAUGGUGGUUAACAAAUUGUUUUUUUUUUCUGGCUUCACUCUAAUGCAUCUAUAGCCAAGUUUUCAAUACUGUAUCUGUGUUCCUCAGUUUACAUAUAACUUUAUUUUAAUUCUUUCAACUUAAAUAAGGUUUCCCCAGCUGUCGCUAAAACCCUGAAAGCAAGCUUACACAUAAUUGAUUAGCUGAUGUUCCAUUUGAAUUGAUUUUAAACCCAAGUGCAAUACCUUGCAAUGAACGUCUAAAAUCCUUUUAAGCUGUGUAACCAACACAGUGAUUUUUUUUUAACUGUGUGCGUUCCUAAUAAUAUGCAUUUGAAUGUUAACUUCUGUUAUGACAAAGUUUUAUGUACAUAUUUUAUAGUAUGUCAUCAACUUAUAAAACUCAACUUAACUUUAGAUUGCCUAAAGCAAAGUAGUGUGUCACAUUGUUUAACAAUAAAAUAAAACAGUACUGCUAAUUUCCCAGCAAAAACAUCACUCUCAUUACUCAUGUUAACAAGCUCUUUUAUUAACUUGUUAUUCCUAUUUAUGUGCAAUUUAAACUUGUUUUAUACUCAUACACAUAUCACGUCGUUACUUUAUUUAUCAAAGGAAACUACUAUAUGUUUUGUAUCUAGCCUUUACACCUAGAAUGAUUGCUGUUUCCUGGCAAUUUUAAUGAUCAAUGGUUUGUUACAAAACUGAAGGUGUUCAGGUAAUACCUUCAUUAUUCUUAUUUACAAGGUAAAACCUGUUUUAUGAACCUUGAUAAUCUCGCAUUACCCCUAGUAGCGUUAUUUGUAGGACAAUCUGUAAUUUUUUACAAUAAAAAUAUAAACUAUGUUAGUGA